CUACACAUUUUGCCUUUACUUACAGGAACGAAGACAUUCUGCUACUACAGUACGGAUUCGAUAUAUCGACAAGGGAGUAUCGCACGAUUCUUACCAAGUAAUGUCGAUAUAAAACAAUGCACUCAUCUCAUCUUCGCCUUUGUCAAUGUCCUUCCCAACUUAGAGUUAGGACCUACCCAUGACAAUGAUCUAGGACUCUACGCCCAGACUACCGGCCUCAAGCAGUUAAGACCUGGAUUGAAAGUGCUCAUGGCCGUAGGAGGAUGGACGUUUGGGUCUAAACCGUUCGUCCAGGUCGUGAAGGACACGAAUUCCAGGAGAAUCUGGGUGAGGAACGUGGUGGAGUUCCUGAGGAAGUAUAAUUUUGAUGGAAUGGAUAUGGAUUGGGAGUUCCCCGGAGUACGUGGUAGUCCACCAGAUGACAAGCAAAGGUUCUCUAGUCUCAUGAGGAUGUUACAAAGAGCUUUUUUAGAAGAAUCACUAAUGACUGGAAGAGAGAAGCUAUUGUUGACCUUAGCAACAGCAGUCGGAAGACACUACAUCGAAGCUUCUUAUGAACCAGCCGAGGUUAUCCAAUCUAUCGACUAUAUGUUACUGAUGACCUACAACUAUCAUGGGCAAUGGGAAAAUACAACGGGGCAUCAUAGCAGUCUGUAUCCAAAUAAAAUUGAUAAAGGCAAGAAGCUGGAACUCAAUCAGAUCUGGUCCAUCAACUUUUGGUUGAGUCAAGGUAUGCCGAAAGAAAGACUGAUUGUCGGACUGGGAACCUAUGGUAUGAGCUAUACCCUGAAGAACCCUUGGCAGAACGGUGUGGGAGCACCAGCUGUUAGCGGAGGUCGUCCUGGUGAAUACACUGCACAGAAAGGAGUUCUCUCAUACUUCGAGAAGAUUAAGUAUAAAGGGUGGACGUCAGUAUGGAUAGAAGAACAACAAUCACCGUACGCUUUUGGUGGUGACCAGUGGGUCGGAUAUGAUAAUCCAAGGAGCAUCACCAUUAAGGCUCGGUACAUAAGAGACAACAAUUUGGGAGGCGCCUUCGUUUGGUCGGUGGAUCUUGAUGACUUCAGUGGUAGUUGUGGAGAAGGUAUGAACCCGAUCCUGACAGCCAUCAACAAAAUCAUCAAACCAAACUUGACGCCGUUGCCAACACUGAGGUUGAAGUACACAAAACCCGAAGACGGAUCAGGCGAAAUCCCUAUAUCCGUUUUAGACAACAAACCACCAUUCCCAAAGCCUGAUCCCAAAUUUCAACCACCCAAACCUCAACCACAACCGGUCAACCAACCUGCAGCACAACGACCACCAGCACGAAGAAGUAAGUCAAUUGCUGUUUUCAAUCCCACUAUCCCACUUUAUGGGAAAUGCAACAGUAGAAAUCCCGCCAUGAGCGGAAUCUCUACUCAACUGCCUUUGCAUUUUGGCUCGAAGAAGCUGAAAUGCAUCCGAACUAUUUGA